AUGCAGUCCUCUGAGUCGAAUGGCAAUUCUGCCACCACUGGCUGCCUGAGGAAAUGUUGGGAUUACGUUAUUCAUCAUAAAUUUAUCGUUUCAAGCCUGGGUGCUGUUGUACUGGGUAUUAUUAUGGGCUUUAUUCUCAAGAUUUUUCUCAGUUUGACUGAACUCGAACAGCAAUACCUCAGCUUUCCAGGAGAAAUGCUCAUGCGGAUGCUUCAGGCGGUUACCGUUCCUCUCAUUGUUACAAGUGUGAUAACAGGUGUUUCUGGUCUAAGUGUUAAAACUUCCAAGAAGAUCGCUGGACGUGCAGCAACAUACUUUGUUUCAACCACUGUAGUGUCUGUGACUAUAGGGUUAAUCUUGGUGCUGUCGAUCAAGCCUGGGAUUGGUUAUGCUGCUGAAAAAGGUGAAACGGAGGAUGAGGAGGCCUUUUCCACUGUCGAUGCCUUGUUGGAUCUAGUGAGGAACAUGGUGCCACAAAAUCUGAUUCAGGCUUGCUUCCGACAGUACAAGACGGAGAGGGUGGAGUUUGAAAUUGAUGCGGAUGAGCUAAAUUCAAGCCUGGAAACGACCAUUAUUCUUAAUGAUUGUCCGACCUUAUUACAGAAUGGAACAGAAUUGCGACUGGUGGGCCACUAUGUGGAUGGAGCCAAUACAUUGGGCCUGAUUGUCUGGUCUUUUAUUUUUGGCCUGAUCCUCAAUAUCAUGGGGGAAAGAGGGGUCGUGCUUGUGGAGGUCCUUACUGUCCUCAACGAGUCCACGAAACGUAUGGUCAAGUUGAUACUGGGCUACUUGCCAUUUGGAGUGAUGUUCCUGAUUGCAAGCCAUGUUGUUGAGGUUCACGACUGGGAAACUACCUUUAAACUUGGAAAGUUCAUGGUCGUAGUUCUUGUAGGGCUUAUAAUUCACGCAGUGAUAGUUUUACCUAUGGUCUAUUUCCUGUGUGUGAGAAGCAACCCUAUUACCGUCGUCAGGGGGGUUUCUUCUGCCUUACUGACUGCACUGGUCAUCUCAUCCAGCUCUGCCACACUGCCCAUCACUUUCCAAUGCUGUGAGGAAAAACUCUUGAUCGACAAAAGGAUCACUCGCUUCAUGCUGCCCAUUGGAACCAACAUCAACAUGGACGGAACUGCCCUUUAUGAAGUGGUGGCGGCGGUUUUCAUCGCCCAACUCAACAACAUCCCUCUGGACAUCAGCCAGUUGUUAACCCUUUCUGUGACAUCAGCAGUGUCCAGCAUAGGAGCGGCAGGGAUCCCAGCUACAGGAGCAGUGACCACUCUCUUUGUUUUGACAUCCAUUGGUUUACCUGCGAAGGAAGCGUCCAUUCUGGUAGUUGUAGAAUGGCUCCUAGACCGCUGCAACACAGUUGUUAAUGUAUUUGGAGACUGCGUUGGUGUGGCACUGGUUCACGAAAUAUCCAUAAAAGAACUGGAAGAAAUGGACAGAUGCAGGGCCCAAGAUAGGGUCCAUGUUCACAUGAGCCAGGACUCUGAUGAGUUCAUGGACCCAGCCGUGGACGGGGACGAAGAUGAGUUCUUUCAGGCCAGUGAGGAUUCUGCUCUUGAUUUUCAACACACUCCAGAAUACUUGUCAGUCUGUGACAGUGAUGCACUCCACUCCAUCUGCUCUCCACGCAAGAUCCAGGUUCACAUCAGAAGCCAGUACUCUGAUGAUGAUGAUGAUGAUGAUGAUGAGUUUUUUUAG